AUGCAUUUUUCCGUAUUUUUGGAGACCGCAUACGUGUACGUAGACGGGACACCGCAGCAGUGGGUCUUACUCUACAAUAGACUAGAUGUAGAAAUACCUAGCAGCAGCACUGUUACAGCCAUUCCCCUAGGAGAAGGCGGAUUGGUUUCCGUUCGCGAGCCCAUAGGACAACAAGCUGUUGUUGAACCACGUACGGAGUUUUUGGACCUAAUUCCUGAAUGGCCAGGAAGUGAACAUAAUAGUAGGAUUUUCCAAAAUUCACGUAUAUAUAUACGCUAUAGACAAAAAGAAUUUGAUGGAAUGUUGGUGGGAGAUGCCGGUUAUCCGGCCUUACCAUUUUUACUCACGCCUAUUGCUAAUCCUGUCACUGAUGAAGAAAUAAGUUACAACAUGAUACAUGGGAGGACAAGAAGAAUUGUUGAGAGAACUUUUGGAAUAUGGAAAAGAAGAUUUCCAUGUUUGUCACGAGGUCUUCAGACAAAAUUAUUGACAUCCAUAAUAAUUGUUACAACAUGUGCUGAUCUUCACAAUUUAUUCUUGAUAUUUAAUGAUACUUUAGAAGAAGAAGACGAAAUAGAAAAUAUAAAUGAAGAUGACGAACUUCCAUUAAUGCCUCAUUGGCAACCUGGAGAUGGCUUUUUAGUGCGAAAUGCACUGAUUGAACGUUUGUUUAAUGUAUAA